GUGAAGCUCUAAGGAUGAAGGCCUCUAAGGUUUUUCUACAGUUUCUUGUCUGUGCUGUGGAAUGCCUGCACCGGCAGCAGGGUGUGGGGUGAGCUGUUGGGGCUUUGUGACGCAGGGCUGCCUUGUGCCCAGAGACCACUGUGACACGGCGGCCAGCCCCCCUCGCCGUGGGGGGAUUGGAGGAGCCUUGGGGUGCCCAGUGCCAGGAAAGCAGCUCCCGCAGGAGGCAGCAUCUCCCCUGGGUGAUUUGGCACGUCUCUGCCAGAGAAUGCCAAAGAGAGAGAUGGAGAAUCUUUCGGACAAUGCAAGUUCCCAGCUGCGCGAGGAGAGCCUGGAGACAGAGCGCUGAGCGGGCAACACCCAGUCCCAUGUGGCGACUGGAGAGCCUGGGCAGGGCCUCAUCCCUCCAUGGCGACGGCCUGCCAGCGCUCCCUGGCCAACAGAGCUUGCAGGGCACCGGCAGCCACCCAACCAUCGUGCCAAGCAAGACGAAGCCUGCACAGGGGCUGGAGAUCAGCCACCAGGCCCGCCCCAAGCUCAGGGUUUCCUGGAGCAAAACCACCCUGCCAUGGCAGCAGCACUGCCUGGAGGAGGAGGAGCUCCCAGAGCAGACGGGCCACGACCAUCUGGCCUGCCUGCCAUGGUUUGAUGGCAGAGCCGGGCAGGCAAACCCCAAGCUAGACAUUGGGAAGUCAGAGUUGACAGGUCUGGAGGGACUGGAGGCCCUCUCAAGCCAGCAGAAGGUGCUGGAAUGGCUCGAGACCUAUUUUGACACCAGCACUACCUAUGCACUGCCCGCUUUGCCCUGGCAAGAGCCCUGGGCGCCGGCGCUGCAGGCAGGAGCUUGCCUCUUGCCCGCACAGCCCCUUGGCCACAGAUCUUCUGCCACGGUUGCUCACGGCCUGGCACGAUGGCAGCCUGUUGGGCAGGGUGCUCAGGGCUGUGCGCAGGCUGUUCCUUGGCAACCGUGUCCCACCAGAGCGGGAGCAGCAGCACCGGGCUCACAGCGCCAGGCAGGUGCCUGGAGGUGACCGUGCUGAGCCUCAGCUGCGUCUGGCUGAGAGUGCAACACAGGGAGGCACCCCGGCCGUGGCUGCAGGGACAGCGCCUCAGCCAUUCGCCUGCCCCAGGCGCACCCUGGCUGUGGGGGGAUUGGAGGAGCCCUUGGGUGCCCAGUGUCAGGAGGGCAGCUCCCGCAGGAGGCAGCAACCGGAAAGUUUGUUUCUGUAGACAGUACUGGAAGGAUUCUAGGGCCUAUGAGUGGUGGUGCAGCCUCACAGUCUUGGUGCUCAGAAUAUCUGUCUUUCAUUCACUCCAGUAAAAGCAGUUGGACUGGAAGGCUGUCUCUUGCUCUGAAAAUUUCUGCCUGCACUUCUCAUGUUACGCACUAGCAGAACUUAUUUUCAACUAAACACAUAACUUUGCUAAAUUAAAUAUUGGGUUCCUAUGGUUUAAUUGUGUUGUGGGAAUUAGGCUGUACAAAGGUGGUUUCUUAGUUUGCAGCAGAGAUGAAGGUCAUUAUUAUUUGUUGUGAAUGAUGUGAGUUACUCAUAGUCUGUGGUGAAAAACUGGAAUAAGUAAUAUCUCUGUACAGCAAGAAACUUAGAUUAAUGCUGCAACAGUUUUCAUUUGUUUUACUUUGUUCCAAGUAUAUACUGAAUAAGCAAGCCUAGAAGCCUCUUGAAUGUUAAAUGCUGGAUAUUUAAAAUUAUUACUGCCACACUGAAGCAAUCAAUUAGAUCUGCUGAUGCUGCUCCCAAAUUCUCUUUCACCCAGUGCCAUCCCUCUGGAGUGCACAGGUCCUCUGAAACCUACCUCCCAGCUCUUGCACUGUCUGUGUCAGCCUGGGUGCUGGGUGCAGCAGAAACCCUUGAGCAUAUAGAGGAGCUGAGGCUUCGAGACCCACUGGAAGGUUUAUUGAGUGCUGAACACAUCUGAAGAAAUAGACGCAAAUUUUCCUUUCUGGAAGAGAAGGAAUUUAUGUUCAUUUAUUUCCCUUGACUCAGACAGUGGAGGAGAAAUUAAUUUCUGAUGGAGAUCUUUAUAAUGAAAAUCAAUAUUUUUGGUGUGUCCAGAGUAUAUCCAAACAGUAGAUUUAAUCCUCAGAAAUUAUAUACUUUUAUUUUUUGUCAUCUUUCCAUUGGGAGUACUGAGGUCAGAAUUAAAACUAUAUAUUUAAGUGCCGUUUAAGUGAGAGGUACUAUUGCUGUAAUACUUGAGUUGCAUGGAUUUAGUUAUUCUCCUAGAAUCUAUCUUUAAAAUUAAAUACUUCCAUAACUUGCAAAAAAACCCCAAAACUAAAAAGUACACAUUUAUUCCACAU